GAGAACACUCUAAAGGCAAUAAAAGAAAUGGGCUGUACAAACAUGACCGAGAUUCAGCAUAAAAGCAUCAGACUGCUUCUGGAAGGCAGGGAUCUUCUAGCAGCUGCAAAAACAGGCAGUGGCAAAACCCUGGCAUUUCUCGUCCCUGCGGUUGAACUCAUUGUUAAGUUAAAGUUCAUGCCCAGAAAUGGAACAGGAGUCCUUAUUCUCUCACCUACGAGGGAGCUGGCCAUGCAGACUUUUGGUGUUCUUAAGGAGCUAAUGACACACCAUAUCCAUACGUAUGGGUUAACAAUGGGGGGCAGUAACAGAUCUGCUGAAGCGCAGAAACUAGCUAACGGGAUCAACAUUAUUGUGGCCACACCAGGCCGUCUCCUGGACCACAUGCAGAAUACCCCAGGGUUUAUGUAUAAAAACCUGCAGUGUCUGGUUAUUGAUGAGGCUGACCGUAUCUUGGAUGUUGGGUUUGAAGAGGAAUUAAAGCAAAUUAUUAAACUUCUGCCGACACGCAGACAGACCAUGCUCUUUUCUGCCACACAAACUCGAAAAGUUGAAGACCUGGCAAGGAUUUCUCUGAAAAAGGAGCCAUUGUAUGUUGGCGUUGAUGAUGAUAAAGCUAAUGCAACAGUAGAUGGUCUUGAGCAGGGGUACGUUCUUUGUCCCUCUGAGAAGAGGUUCCUCCUGCUCUUUACAUUCCUUAAUUAGAACCGGAAGAAGAAACUAAUGGUCUUCUUUUCUUCCUGUAAGUCUGUGAAAUACCACUACGAAUUGCUGAACUACAUCGAUUUGCCUGUCUUGGCCAUUCAUGGAAAGCAGAAGCAAAACAAGUGGACCACCACGUUCUUCCAGUUCUGCAAUGCGGAUUCAGGCAUAUUGUUGUGCACAGACGUGGCCGCUAGAGGGCUGGAUAUUCCUGAAGUCGACUGGAUUGUGCAGUAUGACCCUCCGGAUGACCCCAAGGAAUAUAUUCAUCGUGUGGGCAGAACAGCCAGAGGCCUAAACGGAAGAGGGCACGACUUGCUCAUUUUGCACCCCGAAGAGUUGGGUUUCCUUCGUUACUUGAAGCAAUCCAAGGUUCCAUUAAGUGAGUUUGAGUUUUCCUGGUCCAAAAUUUCUGACAUUCAGUCUCAGCUUGAAAAAUUGAUUGAAAAGAACUACUUCCUUCAUAAGUUAGCCCAGGAAGCAUACAAAUCGCACAUUCGAGCAUACGAUUCCCACUCUCUGAAACAGAUCUUUAAUGUGAAUAACUUGAAUUUGCCUCAGGUGCUGUCAUUUGGUUUCAAGGUGAAUCCUUUUGUUGAUCUGAACGUGAACAGCAAUGAAGGCAAGCUUAAAAAGGGGGGAGGCGGUGGCGGAUUCAGCUACCAGAAAACCAGGAAAGUCGAGAAAUCCAAAAUCUUCAAGCACAUCAGCAGGAAAUCGUCGGACAGCAGGCAGUUCUCUCACUGAGGACGCCCUGGCCUGCCUUCCUUCGUGUCCUGAAAUGCAGUGUUGUCCUGCUCUCUGCAAGGAGUGUCUGUAACCAGGAUUUGGACCGUUCUCAUGACGGCAGAAUUGGACUUGGGUUGCAAGCACGCAGUGCUGUCUUUCCCACAGCUCUCUUUUCUCUUGGGAAUACAAAACAGAGCUCACCUUUUCUUGAUUGCCCAGCGGUAAAGCAAGCCUUUUGGUCUUUGUUAUGAUGCUAGGGUAUUUUUAAGUUUCACCCCCCCGCCCCAAUUUGUCACUGUUUUACUGUAAUUCUUUUGUGCCUUUCCUUCCUGGUGUCUGAAGUCUUGUGGCGUGCAUUCCUGUACCAGCCUGCUGUAAAAGGCCGAUGACCUAGCAUGCUGGUGGCAAUGCCGAAAACUGUCUUGGUUUACUCUCUGCUUUUGGCUGUUUCUCGGACCUUAACAAUGGUUCUUGACCCCUGCUGCAAAUGCCGCCAUGCCACAGGGCAGCAAGCUCCGGGGGAUGCCUAAGAAGCCACCUUUGGCUAAAGGUGGCAUCCAUUUUUAUAUACGCCAGAUUUUAAAACCAUGAGCAUUUCUCAACUUUUUUUAACAUCGAGAAAUGUGGGUUAUUUGUCAUAGUUUGAAUGAAGCGCCCCUAGCAGUCCUAACAUUUGAGAGGGGGCAGAAUCGGAUGUAUUGAGCCUCAUUUAUACCAAUAUAGGCGUAAUAUUCUGUUUUUUAUUUGGUAACUUGGCAGAGACUUAAAAAAAAGUAGUCACAAAGAGUGGUGAUGCUCCUCAUUUGAGUUUGUCUCCAGUGGUUUGGACUGGGCGAGCCCUCCUAACUGCAGUUAUUAGAAGGCGGGGCCGACUGUCAGCAGACUCAAGGCCCGGCCAGCCGACGGUGCUGAGCGCACACAAUGC